GAAGACACAUUUAUCCAAUCUCCCUUUGCUGCGCCCAUGCCAUUGGCUACUGGUUGACCUUGAUCGCCAUUCGUUUCUUGAAUCUUUCGGAGAAUGUCGUCGUCUAAACCAACGUUGUACUACGCCCUUUUCAGCCCUCCGGCCAGAGCCUGUAUCCUUAUCGCCAAGCUUAUUGGCCUGGAUCUGGACCUCAAACCCGUUGACUUUGCCAAGAAGGAGCACUUGAGUGAGGAGUUCAUCAAGCUCAAUCCCCAGCACCAGAUUCCUGUGUUUGUAGACACUGAUGGCGAGGUUUAUGUGGACAGUCAUGCCAUUGUGUGCUUCAUAGUGGCCAAGUACGCCCAGAACGACAAUCUGUAUCCGAAGGAUCUGAAGAGGAGAGCCCAUAUCGACCAUCGUAUGCAUUACGAGACCGGCGUGCUCUUCCAGGUGAUCAAAGACAUCGUAGCCCGAAAUAUCUACGGCGGCGAGGGUGAGUUUAAUCAGCGAUCGCUGACCCUCUGCCACAAUGCCUACGCUGACCUGGAGCACUUCCUGGAGAACGGUGUCUUUGUGGUGGGCAACGAACUGAGUGUAGCUGAUGUCUCCAUUCACACGUCGCUCGUUACCUUGGACUUGCUCAUACCGGUGGAGCGGGAGAAGUACCCGCAGAUCAGGGCCUGGCUGGAGCGGAUGGAGAAACUGUUGCCGGAGAACGAGGAGAUCAACUUGCAGGGUGCCAGGGCCCUCCAGACCCGCAUCCAGAACUGCAUGGCCGAGAACAGGAAGUAAGGGAAAAUCUAGAUGGAUUAAGCCUCCUACUAGCUUUUUUCACAGUUUUUGCUUUUGAAUCUCCGAUAAAGGCAUUACAGUUAAAUUUAAAUAAAUGUCAUAUCAAUUCUGUGAGGUUUGAAACUCGAAUUUGUUUUCUGCACUUUUUAUUUGUAAUUUGUUAGGCUAAUUGGCUUAAAUUCUUGCUACUUUUUAAUAUAUAUAUUUAUGUAUUCUCGAGUGUCUUUUUGAUUUGGAAGUCCAGUGUACAAUAUAUGUAGUAGGUUAGUGAGAGUUCCGGAUUCGAGCAAAUUCGUACAACUUGCCCCUAAACUGUUAUAUACACAAACAAGCGCUUUAAUUUAAUCCUUUCUUGAACAGGCCACUGAAUAAAACUAACUGACUAAAAGGUA